CUAUGGAUGUGAAACAUAUGUGAAAAGAAACUUCGAAUGAUAUUUUGUUGUUGCUCCCUGUAGUAGUCUGUUUUCAAAUAGGACUCGUUCUUUAUUAUUUUCCGAAAUGGAGGCUCAUAUAUCAAACCUAUUCCCGGAAAUUUUAGCCAUGAUUUUUAGCUACUUGGACCUAAGAGGCAAGGGAAGAGUUGCACAGGUAUGUAAAGCUUGGAGGGACGCUUCGUACCAUAAAUCUGUAUGGAGGGGAGUCGAAGCAAAACUGCAUUUGAGGAGAGCCAACCCAUCGCUGUUCCCAAGUCUACAGACCCGGGGAAUAAGGAAGGUCCAGAUACUUAGCCUGAGACGCAGUCUUAGUUAUGUGAUUCAAGGCAUGCCAAACAUUGAAAGCUUGAAUCUCAGUGGCUGCUACAAUCUAACGGACAAUGGCCUUGGACAUGCCUUCGUACAGGAUAUUCCCUCUUUACAGAUCCUGAACCUCAGUCUGUGUAAGCAGAUCACAGAUUCUAGUCUUGGUAGAAUUGCCCAGUAUCUGAAAAACCUGGAGCUCCUGGAACUGGGUGGAUGCAGUAAUAUCACUAACACUGGGUUACUGCUCAUUGCCUGGGGAUUGCAUAGACUGAAGAGCCUUAACCUGCGUAGCUGUCGGCACGUGUCUGAUGUGGGCAUUGGCCACCUGGCUGGCAUGACGCGCAGUGCUGCAGAGGGUUGUCUAAAUUUGGAACAUCUGACUCUCCAGGACUGUCAGAAAUUAACAGACCUGUCUCUGAAGCACAUCUCCAAGGGCCUGAAUAAACUGAAAGUCCUUAAUCUUAGUUUCUGCGGUGGGAUUUCUGACGCAGGCAUGAUUCAUCUGUCAUACAUGACGCAGCUGUGGACUCUGAACCUGCGCUCCUGUGAUAACAUUGGUGAUACCGGCAUCAUGCAUCUGGCCAUGGGCUCCCUCAGGCUGUUUGGACUGGACGUGUCAUUUUGUGAUAAAAUAGGAGACCAGAGCUUGGCCUACAUCUCGCAGGGACUUUUCCAGCUCAAAUCUUUGUCCCUCUGCUCAUGCCACGUUAGCGAUGAUGGAAUCAACAGGAUGGUGCGUCAAAUGCACGAGCUGAAGACACUGAACAUCGGACAGUGCGUGCGCAUCACUGAUAAAGGGUUGGAGCUCAUUGCUGACCAUUUGACUCAGCUAACUGGAAUAGAUUUGUAUGGGUGUACCAAAAUCACCAAAAGGGGCCUGGAGAGGAUAACACAGCUGCCCUGUCUCAAAGUGUUAAACCUGGGACUUUGGCAAAUGACGGAGGGUGAACGAGUCAGGUGACACUCCAGAGAUCCUCGCCGUCUGACCAGACUGCGGCUGCAGUGUCCUUUGACUACCUCAUUCAGCUUUGCCAUUCGUCAUUCUUACAGAAAUUGUCAUUGUUUUAUCUUACAAACCAGCAUGAACCAUUUUGUAUGAGAAACGACUUCAUUCCACCUGAAAGUGAAUAUGAAAUAUCUACAGAUGUUAUUUUGCUAAAUGUAAAUCCUGAAUAAGAAGUGUAUGGGUGUAGUUUGGAGUUAUGCUUCAUAUUGAAGUGUGUAAUUCAGAAACCCUUUGAGAUUCAUGGAGGAUGUAUGUGCCAGGGUGUUGCCACCUUCCUCAGCAGUCUGACUGUUACUGUUGAAAUGUACCCUUUUCAGUUUGAAAGAACUAUUUGUAGAGAGAAGCUUUUUUUGAACUUGUUUCUCACAAACUUAAGAACACACUACACAAGAUGAUUACAUGAAUCAUUUUGUCUAUUUUUGCCAGACUUGAAA